UCCUAUGAACAAAGGACAACUCUCUCUAGACAAAUCUAGGCCCCCGCACUGGCUUUGUGUGACCUUGGAACUCACUGCACCCAGCUGGACCCACAUUUCCCGUCUGUUGGAUCACACCCUGCUGCUUGGGACUAGAUGAUCUUCGGGGGCUUCAUAGUCAGGAUUCAGUAUCUGGUCAGGGGGAGGGAAUAGGGAGCAAGGGGCAGCACUGAGGAACACCUCUGGCAAACACACAGACCCUUCCACUCCUGCCUUCACACAACAGCCUGACAAACCAAGGAAAAGACAAUGUCUCCUAUACAGACAUCUUUGACAGGGGAUGGGGGUGAAGAAGAUUCUUCUCAGCCCCCUGUGGACCUCCCCAGUGGCUCCUGGUGUGCAUGUCCGGAGUGCACCGUGCACCUCAGUGGAUGGAGAGCGUUUCUUGUAUACUCCUUGCCAUCAUCAUCAUCAUCAUCAUCAUCAUCAUCAUCAUCGGGGAACUAGAUGAUCUUCGAGAUCCGCUUCAUCCACGUUCACUUUCUCGUGGAAGAACCGCCCCAGCCUGCAGAGCCUCCCCCUGGUGAUUCUUGUUGGGGCCCCAGGUGGUGGGUGGCAGUGUGCUCAAAGUGCCUUAAGUUGGCCUCUUGGAAUUUUUGGAUUCUGUCUGAAAAAAAGCUAGAAAGGUAAACCCCAUCCCUGUCAGUGCUCCAUCACCCGCUGCUGCUCCCUUAGAGAUAAGGAACUGUCAGCCCCUUGAAGAAACGCCUAGAGAAGAGAAGAGGAGCUGACGGAGAAAGAGAAGGAGAGAGGAGGGGGAGAGGGAGAGAGAGAAUUCCUUCUCACCAGACACAAGGAUAAGACGGGGACCCCGCUGAGCAAAGAGGAGGGGAAACAGCUGGACACCGGGCAGAAGAGAAGUCUGAUUGGCCUUGGCCGCCUCAGCCCAGCUCCCUGGCCAUACCCUGGCCCACUGCGCACAACCUUUCCGCCAGAGUCCCCACUUCUCUAGAAGCUGCGAGGGGAGGCUCAGUUCCGGAGCAGGAGGAUGGGAGUACCUGCAGGGUAAGGUUCACAGUUUGAGGCUUUGGGCCCACCUGGAUGCAAACGAAGGGUUAGGGUGCUGGGCUGGCAGAUGCAGCUGAGGAAGAAGGGAGGGAGUUUAGGGCUCCUGGCAGGGAACUUGGAGGGAAGGGAUGGGGGAAGGCUCUGAUGGAGGGCUCCUUGUUGCUGCUGCAGAGGGCUUCCCCUAGCCCAGCUAAAUGAAUAGAGCGGGAGAAUCCCGCUCAUGAGGCACUGAUGCAGCUGGCUUUGGGGAGGACUCCACUACCAGAGACACACCGGGUCCCUCACACCCACACCACACACAUUUCCUCCCCUGCCUGCCCAUGUGUGCACACAUGUACACAUGCUCAUCACAUGCUCACGGGCCCAUCACGCACAUACAUACUCACCUGUGCACACACCCAGAGACCCAGGGGACUCGGGACGUGUAUGUACUACCACAACCACAUUGCAAGAACACUUGGUUUCCUGUAAUCAUUAGUCACUAAAAAGCUGCAUUUAGAAAGUAUAUUUUAUAAACAUUCUUUUUUAGAUUAUACAUUAGUUUUUAAACACAGGUGCUCCGAAUGCACUCUCAUUAGAUGUGCCCUAUUUAUUUCUGCAUACCUCUGCCGCCCGGAGAUAAGUGCAGUGCCUGGGAACCUAAUAGACAUGCCAUAAAUGUUUGUUGAGUGAAUGAAUAAUUUUUUCUUUUUUUUUUUUAAAGAUUUUAUUUAUUCAUGAGAGACACACAGAGAGAGGCAGAGACUCAGGCAGAGGGAGAAGCAGGCUCCACGCAGGGAGCCCGAUGUGGGACUCGAUCCCGGAACUCUGGGAUCACCCCCUGGGCCAAAUGCAGAUGCUCAACCACUGAGCAACCCAGGGGCUCCUGAAUUAUCUUUUAAAAAGCCACAAGACUUCUUGAUGAUGAAGUUUAUCUAAAUCUAGCUGAGUGACUAAUGGUUGUACUCUGUGUGUGUGGCUGUAUAAGAGAGAACAUCCGUAGACGUGCACGAGAAUGUGCCUGAUCAGGAGGGGGGUGGGCAGACUAGGAAACAGGCACGCGAGGAGCAAACGAGCUUUUGCCAGGUGUCUACACACGCCUGUGUGAGUGAAUACAAGUGUGGGUGGGAGCAUUUAGGCACUAACGUGGGGGUGGUGGUGGGAGGGGCUGCCGGGAGAUGCUCUCCCACCCCCAGACAUAACCCCAGCCUUUAGGGGGUUUGCACCUGCAAUGAACACGCUGAGUGUACAAGGAAUGGCCUGAGUUUGCAAGUGUGGGAAUGGGAAGCAGGGUGAGUCUGUGAACUGUUCCCACGACGCUCGAGAGAGAGCCCUGCCUCUUUGUCGCCCUUCCUCCUGCCCUGUCCCCAGGACUGGACGCUGAGGUGAUUCGACCCCAUCCUCGCUUCUGCUGCCACCUGCUCCCAGGGCCCCCAUGAAGCUCCCAGCGUUUCUGAGCCUGCUGGCCCUGGUGCUGCUGGAAGCGGGGACAGCUUCUCUCCCCAAGGAGAGGAAGCGGAGAGAUGAGAUGCACGGGGAAGGUGAUUCUUAUGUGGUCCUGGGGAACUAUGUCCUGGGCCCGGACAACUAUGAUGAGGUCAUUGACCUCAGCGACUACGAGGGGCUCAUGGACUACGGGGACCAGCUCCCUGAGGCUAAAGUGACCAACCUGGCUCCUCCAACCGGGAUCAGUUCUGCUCAGAGCACAAUGACUCCAAGGACCCUAUCUUUGAAGCCCACGAUGAUCAGGCCUACGGAGCUGGGCGUCCUGGGCUCCCCAAACAGCCACGGCCUGCCCACCUGUCUCAUCUGCGUGUGCCUUGGCUCCUCCGUGUACUGUGAUGAUGCUGACCUGGAGAACAUCCCUCCUCUCCCCAAGACAACCACUUACCUGUAUGCCCGCUUCAACCGCAUCCGCCGGAUUCGAGCUGGAGACUUCAAGGGGCUGACAAAGCUGAAGAGAAUUGACCUUUCCAGCAAUUCCAUCUCCUCCAUUGAUGACGACGCCCUCCGCCUGCUGCCCGCCCUGCAGGACCUGAUCCUCCCAGAGAACCAGCUGGCAGCCCUGCCUGUGCUGCCCCCUGCCAUUGAGGUGCUGGAUGCCCGCCACAACCAGCUCCAGAGUUCAGGGAUACAGCCUGAGGCUCUCAGGGCACUAGAGAAGCUGCAGUUCCUCUACCUGGCUGACAACCUUCUGGACUCCAUCCCUGGGCCUCUGCCCCCAAGCCUGCGUUCGCUGCAUUUGCAGAAUAACAUGAUAGAGACCAUGCAGAGAGACGCCUUCUGUGACCCCGAGGAGCACAAACACAGCCGGAGGCGGCUGGAAGACAUCCGCCUGGAUGGCAAUCCCAUCAACCUGGGCCUCUUCCCCAGCGCCUACUUCUGCCUGCCUCGGCUCCCCACGGGCCACUGCUGCUAGCUCACGGCUCCCAGCUCACGGCUCCCCACUCCCCGGCAAGGGGCCUCACCACCUGCCAAAGGCACAGACUGCCUCCACCUCCACAGGGUGUCCUUUGUUCACAGGGGAAUCAGCCUCCGGAGCCAACUGCAAAACUCACCCCCACUCCCUUCCUCCACCUGCUACACCCGAGCACACACACAUACACACAGAUACACACCCACAGGCAUGUACAUAUACACAGACAUAUAGACAUAUACACAGAGACAGACAUACACGCAUAGACACACAGACACAUACAUGUACGCAGACACACCGAUGCACAGACACACACACACGUAGACAUACACACGUGUGCAUGUGCAGAAUGUCCUUCAGUAACCAAAUUUGCAUUUCUCAUCCUCUUUCCUGCUAAGGAAAACCUUACGGCUCCUGACUCAGAGAAAAGUAGCAUCUGCAGCAAAGCUCAUUCCCAUAUUCCCCAUCCCUCCUACCCACACAGAAUGUCAGGAAGUCAUGGAAGAGGAAGAGGAGAAGAAAAGGAGGAAGCGGGAGAAGCAGUGGCAUGCUUUAGCCAGCUCUUACUACAAGGCUUCCAGAACCAAUUAUUACAUCUCCCAGAAUUUUAUACGCCAGUCAUUAAACACAGCUUUCAUUAAAGAUUAAAUUAUAAGCUUGCAUUUAAAUAUAUGAUGUUGCAAAUAAACGUAAUAAAUACUCAGA